CUCUCUCGCUCGCUCUGCACGCAACAUGCAGCCGAGAAGUUCUCCAAACUCAGGUGCCGUUCAGGCUCGUUCAUCAUGAGUAACACCUCGGCCGAAGCUCCUUCAGGCUCCUACCUGUGCGAGGUUUGAGAAGCGAGGGCUGCGAAGGGAUGUCUGCUGUGAGCGCGUGACUCCGGCGGAGACAUGGGGGGCCGCGCGCUGCUCUGCUCUCUCCUGCUGGCCUCCUGCGCCGUCCUCUCCGCGGGGGGUCCGAGCGGCUGCCACGAGGUGCGCAAAGUGUUCCACUCCAGACACGUGAUGGGACAGGUGAAGUGGGUGCCCGAGACCCCCAGAUCAGGGACUGAUCUUCAGGUGUGUAUGUCCUCCAAUUUGACAUGCUGCACCAGAAAGAUGGAGGAGAGGUACCAAGAAGCCGCCCGCCUGGAUAUUCAGAAUUUAUUACAGACAUCAAGCUCCAGCCUGAAGAUGUUACUUUCUAGGAGCGUUGUAGCAUUUCAAGAAAUGAUGGAGAACAUCAUCAGGCAGGCGGAGAACCACACCGAUGCCCUGUUCCGCAACACGUACCGGAGCAUGGCCUUCAAGGCUGCAGAGCUGGUCAGGGAGCUGUUCACCGACAUCGCCCUCUUCGUGCUUGGCUCUGAGCUCGGAGCCGAGGAUCUUGUACGCCGCUUUUUCGAUGGCCUCUUCCCCCUGGCGUACGAUCGCCUGUUGGAGCCCGGCCUGACGGAAAUCUCGGCAGGCUAUGCCGAGUGCGUGCGUGCGGUACGUCAGGAGCUCCGCCCUUUCGGUGCCAUCCCCCGGCAGCUGGCUGAGCAGAUUGGAAGGUCCCUCCUCCCAGGGCGCAUCUUCCUCCAGGCUCUAAACCUGGGCAUCGAGGUCAUCAACACGACAGACCACCUGCAGUAUGGUAAGGAGUGCAGGCAGGCCCUGCUCAAGAUGCUCUACUGCCCCCACUGCCAGGGGCUGACCCACAGCAGGCCCUGCACUGGCUACUGCCUCAAUGUGAUGCGUGGCUGCCUGGCCAGCGCGGCCGAGGUGGACAUCCACUGGAGGGAGUUCGUCCGCUCCCUGGAGGAGGUGUCCAGCCGCAUGCAAGGCGCCGGGGACCCGGAGCAGGUGCUGCUCAGCAUCCACACGCUGGUCAACAGCGCGGUCGUGCACGUCCAGAGGAAUGGCCCCAGGAUCUUAGCUCAGCUUCACAGAGUGUGUGGUCACCCGCGCAGAAAAGCCAGCCAAUCUGUCAGUGACGAACCACGUGAUGGCAGACAAGUCCCCCCGCUGUGGCCCCCGGGCCGAGAAAUGGAGGAGAGCUUCACGAGGUGGACCAAAGAGUUCCUCGGGAGUCUCCGGCUCUACCGGACGUUUUACGGGGGCCUGGCUGACCAGCUGUGUGUGAGCGAUCUGGCGUCUGAGGAUGGGCUAUCGUGUUGGAACGGAGCUGAUGUUGUCAAGAGCUACACUCUUCAAGUGGUGGGCAGUGGGAUUAAAGCCCAGGCGGUGAAUCCAGAGGUCAAAGUGAAGGGAGCGGAUCCAGUGAUACAUCAGAUCAUCGAUAAACUAAAGCACAUCAAUCAGCGUCUUCAGGGGAAGGCAAUUCCAACAAAUGGGAUGCUGGAUCUGAUUGAGCUGGGCAGCGGGACUCCGGAGUGGUCAUUCAGUGGCGACUGUGACGAUGAGGAUGGCUGUGGCGGGUCAGGGGAUGGCGAGGGGAUAAACCCCAGGAAAGUCUCCAACUGGACCCCGGAGAAGGUGAACGAUCAGAGCAGGCAUGGCCAACCAGCACAAACACUGGAAGCAACGCAUAAGUCCAGGGGCAGAGCCACAGCCCCGCUCAGCCUGUUGGCCCUCGGUAUGAUGGGCGUUCUCACUCAGCUGUGGCCCUGAUGCUGGUACCGUGGCCAUGGGACAUUUUGUUUGCGUCUGGAAAUAAGAAAUGCUCCACAGUGAUAAAGAAAAUUUGUGGGAGUUCUAAGCCUUGAAAAGGAUCUUGCCGAUUUGCAAGUAUGGGGUGGUGGCAGACGCAAAAAGGAGCUGCAGAAUCCUCUUUCGCUGUACAAAAUGUAGCAUACAUUCUUCACCAACUCUACAACCUAUAACAUCUUCGGUGUUGAUAUUUAAAAAUCUUUUUAUUUUCCUAGUAUAUUUAAAAGUAAGAGAUGCUCUAUAAGAAUAAUACACUGAAAACAGACUGAAAAACAGAUAUUAUAAAUAUCACAGUUUCCUUAGUCUGCUUUUUGUCUUAUGUAACGCCACAAUGUAAUGCAAAAAGUAUACAUUAUGGAAUUAUUAACACUGUUAAAUAUAUAGCUUUCCAAAAUAUUUUGUAUGUAUUCUGAAAUUAUGCUCUGACCUAGUUUUUAUUGUCACAGCUGCUAGCAUAGUGGUUAGAGCUGUUGUCUUUGGACCCCAAAGUUGCAGGUAUGACUCGCCACCUCCAGCUAUAAUACCCUGAGCGGGCUCCUUGCCCUAAGUUGCCCAGCUGCAUAAAUAGGAAAAUAACUAUAUAUAACAUAACAUUGUAAGUUGCUUUGGCAAAUGCAUUAGCUAAAUGAAUAAAUAUAACUGUCUCCGGAGUAAAAUAGUACAUAGGUUGAUAAAAUAUCCCAGAAACUCUUUCCUAUAAUAUUUGCCAGAGGUUGUUUUGUUGUGAGUCUUUUUUAAUUUAUCUAAAUUCUCCCAUCACUUUUACAAACUGACUUGGCUCCCUGCAGCACUCCAGAAUUCUCUCUGCAGAUCUGCUAAAGAAAUUUACAUUUACAUUUAUUUACUUAGCAGACGUUUUUCUCCAAAGUGACUUCCAAUGAACUCUAUGUAGUGUUAUCAGCCCACACACCUUAUUUACGAAGGUGAAAAUUACUUUCUUUGCUCAGCAGAAGUCCUGCAACACUUUGCAACUGAAGAAGUUUGCCUCUUCAUUAUCAAGAACACACAUACCGUAUACAGGGAGCAGAAUAAGUGCUGGGACAAUCAAGUAAAAUUGUUACAACUAGUGUUUCAGAUCAAAAUAAUUUCAGUCAAAUUAAAGUUUUGUGCAGUACUUUAUCACAUAACCCUUACAGGUCUGUGACCCAUGGGCAUCACUGGACUUGAGAUGCUCUGUCACACUCCCAGUCUCCUCCAGUUGUUGCCUGUUUUGGGGGUUUUAUGACUUUGUGACAAGUGAAAUGGACACGUCAGUUGGAUUUUAAACAACAGACCGACUUGGCCAGUUUUAAACUUUCUGCUUUUGCUUCUCUAUGAACUACUUGGUUAAGUGUGCAGUACAGAACUGGGGGUGAAUAUAUUGCUCAACAUAUGCACCUAUUCUGCAAAGGCGGAAGGUUGCAUUACCACUGAUUUAUUCACAAGCAUCACCCUUCUGCUCUGGUUUCACCAUAUUGCACACAUUAUAGGUAAUACUUUAGGCAAUAAAACGAUUAAUUUUAAAGCAUAUUGAGUAAUACCACUCUUGCUAAAUAUUUUAUGUAGUGUAGAAUGCCUGGAUGGUUUUAGGCAACAUUGUGAGUUGGCAGACUGUUAAAUACGUGAAAUACCACUGGUACUUAAGGAGUGAAGAAUUCACGUAAGUAUCAGUUAGAAGCCAACCACCCAUGUUCAGUAAAUUCAGAAACCCUCAACUUUAAACCAUUGUUUAAACAAGUCUCAGUAAAGAAGCCAGAAAAAUAAUUGCUGAAAGACACAUUGUCAAUGCUCAGCUGUGUGUUUUCACCCUGAGCACCGCAAGGCAAACAAAUAAGACAGGGAUAAGGAAAAUAUUACAAAUAUCAGCAGGCUUCAAAGUUUCAUCUCUGCAUUUAGUUGAGGCUUUUCUCCAAAGCAACCUCCAACUCUUUACUCCUUUUUUUUACUGGAACAAUUUAGGG